AUGUCGGGACUUCUCAUAGACACGCUCAAAGAGAGCUUGGACCCCGCACUAGCUGCCCAGCUCAAUACGAGCUCCCAUUUGCGUGAGGUGGCAGAUUCGUAUCUCCAGGAUCUUUUGAUCAAUGAACAACUACUUUCCACCGAAACUUUCACCACCACGUCACAGGAGGAUGCGACUGGAACUCACCAGAAAACUUUGACUGAAGAAAUUGCUGAGCUAGACCUGCAACUGCGGCAGAUCGACUUGCAAUUGGCCGCCAUCACCAACUCAAACAGAGACUUGAUUGUAGAUGUAUCUCGGGAUUUGAAAACUGCAACGAAUAAGAUCGAGGUCCGUCUUGAGAAGGAGAUCUCAGGAAUGAUGCACAGCUUGAAGGACAGCCACAUCCGCAUUGAUUCUAAGUCCGCAGAGAGACACACGGCGUCCAUCACUCUCAAUAACUCAGUGCUUUCCAACAUUGAUUCAAUUUUAGACAUAUUGGAGCUCCCCACCUUGUGCAGACUUUGCAUCAUGCAAGGAAACUACCAGGAGGCACUUGAGAUCUCCACCUUGGUCAAAAUGCUCAUCAUCAAGUUCCCAAAGCUUGCAAUUUUUCACAAAAUCCAGUCUCAGAUUGAGAAAGAGCUACAGCUUAUGGUUAGAGGCUUGAUCAAGCUUCUAAACACCAACUUGAAGCAGUCCAACAUCCUCAAAAUCUUUCAGAUUUUGAAUCGUCCAGACCUUGUGCAAAGUUCAACCUCUGCACUUUCCUCUGCCUCUGCUGACCCCAAAAGUCAGGCUAGACUGAGAGAAAAAUCUCUAAAAAUUAUCUACUUGAACUCACGGUUCAAAUUCAUAACCGACGAGGCAGCUACGCUCAAGCCUCUUUUAAAGCUUAAGAAAAUGACUUACUUGAAAAGAUACAUCGAGGUGUUCCGUGAAUACCUUUUCAACUCGCUUUCUAUUUACCAAGCCAUUUUCAUGAAUUCGUCGCUAAAUUCAUCCACAGAUGAGGACAAGCUACUUAUCAACACCUACAUCCGUAACUUGGUCAACUUGAUUGUUGCUGAAUUGAGGUUGCAUUUACCUGCUUCCAGUAAAGGUCUCUCUGACGACGAUGUGGACGAUGCAUCUCGACGCGAUGGUGUCAUUUUGCAAAUUAUUUACCUUUGCAAAUCCUUGGACAAAUAUGGGGUCAACUUCGAGAGUGCUAUAACCUGGGAAUUGUGCAUGAAAGAGCCGGCACUGAUAAGCGAGGAGGAGUGGACUCGGAACUUGACCAAAGUUAAAAAGUUCAGAACGUAG